CAAUUUUAUUUGUAAAUUUUUAUUUUGUUCGACAUUUGCUUUUGCAGAUAAAAUGAUUUUCAUGCUCAUUGAAAUGUUGCUAUUCGACCAUUUGUGAACGAAUCAACGAAUAAACCACGGCGUGGAGCAGCUCAACGCAAGCGUGAGUGUGUAUCGUUGAUAUGUUGUGUGUUUAAAUAAAAACGAAGUGUCAUUGGAUAAAGAAGCAACAGUGAAACAGCGCGAAACGCAGCGACGGCAAAAGUGUUGGACUGAAAUCGCACCAAAUUUAUAUAUAAAUAGCUAUUUUGCGAGUAUGAACUAUUUGCCAACGCAAAGAAAACUUGCUAAAUAAUUUGUGAACAAAUUUCGUAGUAAAUAAUAAUGAAUAAUUAGUGGUAAGGAUUUGCUAUUGAAAUAUAAGUGGUGCAGUGUGGCAGAUAUGUAUCGGUGGCCAUAGCAAGAGGUCAAAAACGUUGGAUGUGCUAUAACCUUUUUUGACAUUGAACGGCAGCAACGGCAACAGCAACAAAAAGAAAAGAAGUAGGAAUAAGCGCUACACAGAUCAGUGACGGUGACCAUAGAGCAAGUGUAGCAAAUUACAGGAAACAAUAGUUUUUCUAAUAUUCGUUAGUACAUAAGGAGAAAACAAGAUAUGAAUGGAAAAUUUUUAUGUAGCAAGCUUGCUAGCAGUUACCGUCUUCAGUUGAAUGCAGUACAUGCAUAUAGAGAUACGUUUUUGUUCGCCUCUUGUCGUGCGUGCGAGCUAUAUCAACAUAGCGGUGCGAAAAUUUGAAUGAAUAUUCACAUACAUACAUGUACCAAAAGUUUUGUGUUGUUGUGUAAUCGCUGAAAAUCCUAACAAGUAGCAAAAAAAAGAAACCAAAAUUUAAAUAUAAGGCGACGCAUGACUGAACAACUAAUGUAAAGUCUAAAGCAAUGUAAUGAUAAAUAUGUGAACAGGUAUCACAACACGCGAAUCACGUGAAAUUAAUUAACAAAUCAAAAUACAAACGCCAAGCCGAAAAUUGCUGAUAAAUGAAAUAAUGAUAAGUCAACAACAACAAACUUAAAAACGUCUUUAAUUAAUAAAUAAUCAUAGCGGUUGCUAAGACGCUAUAUAACCCAAAUCUAUUCCUUUGCGAAAUACUCGGCCUCUAAUUAGUCAACUAAAAGCGACUAAUGGCGUUAAGUUACUAAUUGACAUUGUGCUCUGAUUCUUAGUAUUAAAGUGUAGUUUACACACUUCUCAAUACCUAAUUUGCUUUUGGAUUAAAACGCUUAAAUUGACAGUGCGCAGCGCAUUGAAUUUUCUUACCACUUCCGAAUUUGACCGUCAAAAUUCCGCCAGAACCAAUGGCUAAGGACGAGGAAGAGGAUGAUGUUUUGCCCGAUAAGGAUGCGGCCAAGGGCUUUUACGCAAAAUAUGAACCGAAAGAGAUAUUGGGAAGAGGCAUCAGUUCAACGGUACGACGCUGUAUUGAAAAGGAGACCGGCAAAGAGUUUGCCGCCAAAAUCAUCGAUCUUGGCGCCGCCACAGAAGCUGGCGAUACUAAUCCAUAUCAUAUGCUCGAAGCUACAAGACAGGAAAUUUCAAUACUCAGACAAGUUAUGGGGCAUCCCUAUAUAAUUGAUCUACAAGAUGUUUUCGAAUCGGACGCGUUCGUCUUUUUAGUAUUUGAAUUGUGUCCGAAAGGUGAACUCUUCGAUUACCUCACCUCGGUUGUAACGUUAUCGGAGAAAAAGACACGCACCAUAAUGCGUCAAAUAUUUGAGGGUGUCGAAUAUAUACAUGCAAAAAAUAUUGUACACCGAGAUUUGAAACCCGAAAAUAUUCUACUCGAUGAAAAUCAUAAUGUUAAAAUAACAGAUUUCGGUUUUGCGCGACAGCUGAAAGGCGACGAGAAGUUGGCAGACCUAUGCGGCACGCCUGGCUAUUUGGCGCCGGAAACAUUGAAAUGUAAUAUGUUCGAAGGCUCGCCUGGUUACUCAAAAGAAGUUGAUAUUUGGGCAUGCGGUGUUAUUAUGUUCACAUUACUUGUUGGCUGUCCACCGUUUUGGCAUCGCAAACAAAUGGUCAUGUUGCGCAACAUAAUGGAGGGCAAAUAUAGCUUCACCUCACCUGAAUGGGCUGAUAUAUCAGAGGAUCCCAAGGAUCUCAUACGCAAAUGUCUAGUCGUCGAUCCAGCGAAACGAAUCACAGUGAAAGAAGUAUUAAAGCAUCCGUUCUUCAAUCAGAUGUUAUUCGAGCAAAAUAUCGAUGGACUGAAGCGCAGCCUAUCCACCAAAUCUAGGAGAAUGAGUCGCAUCAAUGACAUUGCACUGGUUUUAUGCUCCGAACCGUCGACUGAUGGCCGCACCACUUAUCAGCUGAAAUCGCAAAACAUACGCAACACGCCCAGCAAUGGCGCCCAGUUGUAUUACAAUCCUAACAUUUUAAAAACACAGACGAACUACAGUUACAACAAACAGCCGUCAUCGUAUGCCAGCAAUAAUACUAGCAAUAACAACAAUCGCAAGAGCAUGACAAACUUGUACUUAAACAAACAAGCGAGUACUCAAAGCAAUAAUACCAAUAACACCUAUACUCCAAACACAACUACUUCCCCGAGUACGACGUUCCCUCAGACAUACAAUAACAACUACAAUCAACGCAAUUAUCAGAGUAAUGGUAAUGCGUUUGACAACACUACGGCUGGUCCGACUACAUUCCUCUCAACAAAUCAAAAUAAUAACAGUAUUGGCAACGCGACGCCGACACCAUUCAUAACGCAAGAGCAGCAGCAGCAACAACAGCAGCAGCAACAGUUGCUAUAUCAGCAGCAUCAACAAUUUAUACAAAAACAACAGCAAACAUAUGAACAACAGGUGCCAAUAACACAACACUGCGACCAUUAUCACAAUAAAAAUCAUGAUCAAAGCUAUAAUAAUCAUCAUCAACAUCAUAAUAAUAGUACACAUGCUCCUCACUGUCCACACUAUCAGCAUUCUCAUCACUUAAAACCGUAUUUGCAUUAUUGUGAUUGUCAGCACAGUCAAGUGCAGUCAGCAGUAGCGCAACAACAACAACCACAUCAACAAAAAUACAACGAUACACUGUCAUUAACCGGUGUUAGCAUAACAUCCACAUCAACCACAAUCCCAUUUCACGCACCACAAGCGACGACGAACCCACCACAGCAGACAGCAAUGACAGCAGAAACAACGGCAUACGCAGUGACGCCAGACAAUUACUGUGUUGAGUCCUUAAAUUACUAUACACAGCUGCGUAAACAAAGUCGCUUUAAUGCACGCAAGAAAUUCCAAUUCGCCAUAUUGGUUAUACGCGCUAUGAUCAGAAUACGCCGAUUGCGCUACACCGCCGAGCCCUUACGCGUCGAAGAAGCUAUACGCGAUCCAUAUCGGGUUAAGGUGCUGCGUAAGGUGAUUGAUGGCUGCGCUUUCCGCGUUUACGGACAUUGGGUGAAGAAGGGCGAAGGCCAGAAUCGUGCCGCACUCUUCGAGAACACGCCGCGCACAGAGUUGCAUGCGCUCUACAUAAACAACUUGAGUCGAUAGUUUGUCGGCGACUCAAAAGCGCGCGGAGAAGUUUGUGUGAAGACGUAAUACGAAAGCGUAAAGUGCUGAAAUUUAUGAAUUACUGAAUUUUAGUGAAAAAUUUGUAAACCUUCUUUGCUUGCUAUUAGCGUUUAGUAGACAGUUGGCCGAAAAUUAUUAUGAUUAUGAUUAUUUUAGUUGUUAAGUGCGCUUAAAACAAACGCUUGUUGAAUUCAGCCAUUUCAAACAUUGUUUGUUUGCACUUUUUGUAGUGCAGUUCUUUAGUUAUUUUAUUUAAUAUAUAUACGUGUAUGUAUAUAGAUUUUUUUAAAUUUUAUUAGUAAAUAAGCGAACUUGUAGUAAUUACGUACAUACAUAUAAAUAUAGAGAACAAAUCCUAAUUAUUGUUAAUUGCAAUUAAGCAAGCAAAGAAAAUAGUAGAACGUAUUGAAAAUAUAUAGCAAAAUGUGUGUUAAAUACAUACAUACAUUCAAAUUUUAACUGUUAACUGAUAUUAAUGCAUUGUUUAACUUUUGCUUUAGUUUGUAUUAUUUAUAUAGUUUAAUUUUGUUAAGCCUUAAAGCUGUGUACUUUUAAGCAGCUGGAGAAAGUAUAAGCAAGAAAAAUUAAUGAAUACCAAAUUAUUUUAUAUACAUAUAAUUAAUGUUAAAAUUAAACUAAAAUUUAAUUAACGAAAUUAUUAUAGUAAUAAAUAGCUGAAUACAGCGGUGCAAAACAAAAGCAAAAACAACAUUUGAAGCUAAUUAACUCGUUUUAAGUUAAAUCAAUUUGUACAACUAUGUGAAAGUUGAAUUUUAAAAGUUGAAUAUCAAAGCGCAAAAAUAUGUAUGCAUUACAUUUAAUGCUGUUUUGGCGCGCCACUCUCAUAGUUACUACAUGUUGUGCAUUAUAAUUAUUAUAUUUUAAACAUAUUUUAAUUGCUAAACAUAGUUGCAUGUAUGCACAUUAAUAAAAGCAGUUUGCGUUUGCAAAACACAUACGCAAGCACACAUACACACAUGCAUAUAUUAUAUAAAUAACUUAUACAUACAUACAUCUAUACACACAAACAUAUCUCACAUAUUUGCUAAAAAGCAAUGUAAAGCACUUAAUUUCAACAAAACGAAAAAUAUUGCGCCAAACUAAAUCACGGAGGUCACAAUAUUAAUGCAAAAAAUUAUGCAAAUUAUAACCAUACUUGCAGGCUUACGAAUUUUUCAAUUACAAAUUGUGUAUUUUUUUUACAUCCAAUUUAUUUUUUAAUGUUUUAUUUGCAACCCUGCAUAUUUGUAACUAAAUCUACCCAAAAAUACGCAAAAUUAAAUUUUUUAGAUUGAACAUAUAUUUAUACAUAUGUAAAAUGAUUACAAAUUAUUGAUUUUUAAAUUUGUCAUAUUUGUAAAUAUUUCUGCAAAAAAAAAAUUGCGCAAAAUUAUUUUUUUUUAUAUUCAACAUUAUUUUAAAAAUUAUUUUGUUUUGUUUUGUUUUUGAAAAAAAAAUAUUUAAUUUUUAUUACUGGACAUAUACAUACAUAUGGUUUUAUAUAUGUAUGUACAUAUAUUUUAAAAAGUAUGAUUAUUUCUUUAAAAUAAAAUUGAGCAAAAUUAAAUUUUUAAUAUUGAAUAUUAUACAAAUUAAAAAAAAAAUAUAAUAAAAAUUUUUAAUAUAAAAUUAUAUCGCGUCCACAAAAUUUGGACUUCGUAAAUUUUUAAAAUCGUAAAAAAUAAUAAUAUUAAUUUUUCGAACAAAAAAAAAGUUUCAAAUUUCAUUUAACAUAUCUCACAAUUUGGUUUAAACAGAUCAAAAAUAACAAAAAAAUGUUUAUUUUGUGUUCCAAAAGUAAUUUUUUUUUUUCAAAAAGUAGAAGAACAAGAAAAUUGCUGAAAAAGCUAAUCAUGCGCGCUCACAAUAUAUAUUACAAUUUGCUUAAAAUGAUCGAAAAUAAAAUAAUCACAAUAAUUUUAUUUGAAUUUUCAAAAAGCAAAGUUGGAGCAAAAUAAAAUUACAGAAGUGUUUGAUGUUUAAAUUUAUUUAUUAAUAAAACAAAUUUUCUAAAUACAAGAAAUUACUAAAUGGCUAACAAAAAUUUUAAAAUUUAAAAAUUCAAAAAAUUAUUAGAAUGAUCAUUUAGAAAAAAUCAAAUUUUUUUUGAACAUAAUUUUUUUUAGAAAAUAUUUUUUUUUUUUUAAUUUGGUGUUUUUAAAUAAUUUUUAAUUAGAAAAAAAUUUUUUUAGAAAAAAUCAGACUUUUUAUAGAAACAAUUAAUUUUAAUAAUAAAAUAAUAUUAAUUUAAAAAAAUGAUAUUUUUUUAGAGAAAAAUAAGUAAAAUUAAUUCACUAAUAAUAUCACAAAAUUGAUCAAAUAAUUUAAAAUAGCUUACAAAUUAAAAAAAUAUUAAUUUGCGACGUAAAAAAUAGUGACAUAAAAUUAGAUUACACAAACGUUUGAUAUAAAUAUUAAUUGAUAUUCUAAAAAUUUUUUAAAUUAUAAAGACAAAAUCUUUAAAAUGCAUACAAAGCUUAUUUUUAAUGAGCAGAACUAACAAUUCACGCCAUACAUCUGCAUACAUAAAUAUAAAUAAAGUAAUUUUUGUUGUAAUUAAUAUUGAUUGAUUUUUUGAUCAUUUAAACACAGGCACUAAAAUAUUUUAAAUUGGUGAUAGUUUUUUUUAAUUCGCAGAAUCGCAUUCAGAAAUAAAAGCCAAACAUAUAAUUUUAUACAUAUUCAUGUAAAUAUGUACACAUACACAUAUUUGCAAUUGUAUAUAUACAUAUGUAUGUUCACUGCUUUAAAAACGAAUAAAAACAUUAGAAAUAUAAAAGUAAACUUAAAUGAAAUAUAACUGUCGAAGUACCUCCAGUGUUUUACGCGCGUAUUUUACACAUGUAUGUAGUUAUGUAUUGAAUAAAAUAUAUUUGUAUAUGCUACAUACAUAAAUAGCAAUAGCAAUUGUAGUGCAUAGACCACAUUUAAAUAGAAAUGUAUGCGUAUGUACAUAUGUAUGUAUUUUGAACAUCAACGAACCACUUACAAGAUAAACACAAGAGAAAUUUGUGAAAAAAUAACAAUUUAAUAAAAACUUACGUUGUUACAGUGAAAAAAUAAGUAACUAAAAGAAA